AUGAGUAAUCCUAAAUCGGAGAGUCAGAGAGUAAACAAAAAAGUCAACAAUGAUGCUUCACUUAGAAUUCAUAAUUUAUCCAUUUUGGUGAGACAGAUAAAAUAUUAUUACCAGGAAACUUUGCAGCAAUUGAUUAUGAUGUCAUUGCCAAAUAUCUUAAUCAUUGGCAAAAAUCCCUUUUCUGAACAAGGGACAGAAGAAGUUAAAAAGCUGCUUUUACUCUUACUGGGUUGUGCAGUUCAGUGUCAGAAAAAAGAAGAAUUUAUUGAAAGAAUUCAAGGAUUAGAUUUUGAUACAAAAGCAGCAGUUGCUGCACAUAUUCAAGAGAUAACCCAUAAUCAGGAAAAUGUGUUUGAUCUGCAAUGGAUGGAAGUGACAGAUAUGUCUCAGGAGGAUAUGGAACCACUUUUGAAAACUAUGGCAUUGCAUCUAAAAAGACUUAUAGAUGAGAGAGAUGAACAUUCAGAGACUAUCAUAGAGCUCUCUGAAGAGCGGGAUGGUCUUCAUUUUCUACCCCAUGCCUCUUCAUCUGCCCAAUCACCCUGUGGUUCUCCAGGCAUGAAACGAACAGAAAGUCGACAGCAUCUGUCAGUGGAAUUGGCAGAUGCAAAGGCCAAGAUAAGAAGGCUUAGGCAGGAACUGGAGGAAAAGACUGAACAGUUGUUGGACUGUAAACAAGAACUUGAGCAAAUGGAAAUAGAAUUAAAAAGGCUGCAACAAGAGAACAUGAAUUUGCUUUCGGAUGCUCGUUCUGCUAGAAUGUACCGAGAUGAACUGGAUGUACUUCGAGAAAAGGCAGUCAGAGUGGAUAAGCUUGAAAGUGAAGUCAGCAGAUAUAAAGAGAGGCUACAUGAUAUUGAGUUUUAUAAGGCAAGAGUUGAGGAGUUAAAAGAAGACAAUCAAGUUUUACUAGAAACAAAAACUAUGUUGGAGGACCAACUAGAAGGAACUCGAGCUCGUUCUGACAAAUUACAUGAAUUAGAAAAAGAGAAUUUGCAACUAAAGGCUAAACUGCAUGAUAUGGAAAUGGAACGAGAUAUGGAUAGAAAAAAGAUUGAAGAAUUAAUGGAAGAAAAUAUGACUUUGGAAAUGGCACAGAAACAAAGUAUGGAUGAAUCAUUACAUCUUGGCUGGGAGCUAGAACAGAUAUCCAGAACUAGUGAACUU